AUGGGGGCGCAGCGCGCAGACGGAGCCCGAGAAUGGAGCCAGCAGGACGGCCCUGCGCCGGAGCAGACCCUGUCGCAGCCGUGGAACCUGAUGAUCAAACACCGCCCCCUGCAGAAAAGAGGGCGACGCUCCCACCUGUCCCUCAGUUACACAGACCCUCGCCUCUCCAUGGAUCUGCUCAGAGCCGUUCUUCAGCCAAGUUUGAACCAGGAAAUACUUCAGGUCUUCAACAAGUACCACCAGAUCUUGGACAGAGCUGUACAAAACGUGAGAGAAAAUGUUGGAGAAGAAGUCCAGACAGAUCAGCUGAUCAGGGACACGUGUCGGAGCGCCCUGGAGCAUGCCAAACUCUUGUUCCCAGAGACAGAAGUGAAGAAACCUCCUCCUGAAGUCACCUACAAACGUCACAGAGAAGACGAGAAUCACCGAGCAAGUCCUGUACCCAAAAAGAGGAAGCCGCGUUCUGGACCAGUUCAUGAGCGGCCGCUGACAUUCAGCCAAGCGAAGAUAAAGGCGGAGCCUGUGAAACGGGAGGGGCCUAAGUGGGAUCCAAACAGACUGAACGAGAGCAGCACCUUUGUCCUGGGCUCUAGAGCCAACAAAGCUUUAGGAAUGGGAGGCACCAGGGGCCGGAUCUACAUCAAACACUCCGAUUUAUUCAAGUAUGCUGCGGACGUGAAGGAUAAACAGUGGUUGGCCGAGAGACAUCACAUGAGAGCGACUGGAGGCAAAAUGGCGUAUCUGCUUAUUGAAGAGGACAUUCAGGAGCUGUCCCAGAGCAAUGACUACAGGGACUGUCCUGACGUCCACAUGGAGGAGAUGAAGCCCUUCAGCGUUCCCUUGUGGAUGGUGCAGAAGAUGCAGCGAGCGAUGGCGGCGCAGAGAGACACCUCUGAACCCUAA